CGGGUCUGAGUGACGGGAGCUUCGGCCUAUGAACGGUAGAAGGGGCGGGGAUAAAUGAUGAGUGAUAGGAAUCUACGGCCUUUGGCGAGAGAGUGGGUCCGUGGUUGCUGAGUUACUGCGGCUGUCCCUACCCAUAAUCCCAUGCGCUAUGCAGACUGUGUCCCGGAAAUACUGCCCCGCCCACUUCCGGUACAGCUCCGCCCCCGUUUUCAUCUGCCGCCGCCUCCUGCUCCAGGAGGGGGAGUAUACAGAAGAACACAGGGAUCUGUACAAGGACGUGAUGAUGGAGAAUCACCGGCCCCUCACAUCACUGGAUGGGCCCAGUAACAGAGAUACCCCAGAGAGAUGUCCCCGUCCUCUGUAUUCCCAGGACUGUACAGAGGAGAAUCACAGGAUCCCACAGGCGGAUCAGGUAGAACAUCUGUCUGAUAUAAAGGCAGAAGAUAUAGAGGGAGAAGAAGAGACGUAUGUGACUGAUAUAAAGGCAGAAGAUAUAGAGGGAGAAGAAGAGACGUAUGUGACUGAUAUAAAGGCAGAAGAUAUAGAGGGAGAAGAAGAGACGUAUGUGACUGAUAUGAAGGCAGAAGAUCUAGAGGGAGAAGAAGAGACGUAUGUGAGAGGUGAUCAGCAGUGUAAGGAGGAGGAAAUCCCUACAGAUAUCAGCACAGCAGGUGGACACACAAGCAGGAAUAUCUCAGAAGGACAUCUAAUGUUAUCCCUGGAUUGUGACAUAAAAGAUAAUGACAGUAGACAGGAUUCUCCAGGGGCUAACCCCAUUACCCCAAUUAUACAUCCAGCUCUAUCAGCUGAUCCCCCUGAUCCUGGGAAAUGUUCUCCUGAUCACUCUGAUAUUGGUGCAUCUGUUACAGCUCUGAGAGUAGAUACAGUGUUUCCCUGUUCUAUAGAUGCCAAAUGUUUUACACAGAACACAAAGCUUAUUACCCAUCAGACAGGUAAGGCAGGGGAGAUUCCAUUUCCAUGUUCUGAGUGUGGGAAAUGUUUUGCACACAAAUCAGAUCUUGUAAUACAUAAGAGAAUACACACAGGUGAGAAACCAUAUUCCAGUUCUGAGUGUGGGAAAUGUUUUACAUACAAAACAACUCUUGAUGCACAUAAUAAAAGUCACACAGGUACAUCAAAGUUUUCAUGUUCUGAGUGUGGGAAAUGUUUUGCACAGAAAUCCAAACUUGUUAGACAUCAGAGAAGUCACACAGGUGAGAAUCUAUUUUCUUGCUCUGAGUGCAGGAAAUGUUUUACCUGGAAAUCACAACUUGUUACACAUCAGCGGAGUCACACAGGUGAGAAGCCGUUUCCAUGUUCUGAGUGUGGGAAAUGUUUUGCACACAAAUCAGAUCUUGUUCUACAUCAGAGAAGUCACACAGGUGAGAAGCUAUUUUCUUGCUCCGAGUGUGGGAAAUGUUUUACACGGAAAUCAGAUCUUAUUACACAUCAGCGAAGUCACACAGGUGAGAAGCCAUUUCCAUGUUCUGAAUGUGGGAAACGUUUUGCACACAAAUCAGAUCUUGUUCUACAUCAGAGAAGUCACACAGGUGAGAAGCCAUUUUCUUGCUCUGAGUGUGGGAAAUGUUUUACACGGAAAUCAGAUCUUGUUAUACAUCAACGAAGUCACACAGGUGAGAAGCCAUUUCCAUGUUCUGAGUGUGGGAAAUGUUUUGCACGGAAAUCAGAUCUUGUUAGACAUCAGCGAAGUCACACAGGUGAGAAGCCAUUUCCGUGUUCUGAGUGUGGGAAAUGUUUUGCACAGAAAUCAGAUCUUGUUCUACAUCAGAGAAAUCACACAGGUGAGAAGCCAUUUUCUUGCUCUGAGUGUGUGAAAUGUUUUACACGGAAAACAGAUCUUAUCAUACAUCAGCGAAGUCACACAGGUGAGAAGCCAUUUCCAUGUUCUGAGUGUGGGAAAUGUUUUACACACAAAUCACAUCUUGUUACACAUCAGAGAACUCACACAGGUGAGAAGCCAUUUCCAUGUUCUGAGUGUGGGAAAUGUUUUACACAGAAAUCAGAUCUUGUUCUACAUCAGAGAAUUCACACAGGUGAGAAGCCAUUUCCAUGUUCUGAGUGUGGGAAAUGUUUUACACGGAAAUCACAACUUAUUACACAUCAGCAAAGUCACACAGGUGAGAAGCCAUUUCCAUGUUCUGAGUGUGGGAAAUGUUUUCAACAGAAAUCAGAUCUUGUUCUACAUCAGAGAACUCACACAGGUGAGAAGCCAUUUUUUUGCUCUGAGUGUGGGAAAUGUUUUACCUGGAAAUCACAACUUGUUACACAUCAGCGAAGUCACACAGGGGAAAAGCCAUUUCUGUGUUCUGAGUGUGGGAAAUGUUUUACAUACAAACUAGCUCUUGUUAGACAUCAGAGAACUCACACAGGUGAGAAGCCAUUUUAUUGCUCUGAGUGUGGGAAAUGUUUUACCUGGAAAUCACAACUUAUUACACAUCAGCAAAGUCACACAGGUGAGAAGCCAUUUCCAUGUUCUGAGUGUGGGAAAUGUUUUGCACAGAAAUCAGAUCUUGUUCUACAUCAGAGAAGUCACACAGGUGAGAAGCCAUUUCCAUGUUCUGAGUGUGGAAAAUGUUUUACACGGAAAUCAGAUCUUAUUACACAUCAGCGAAGUCACACAGGUGAGAAGCCAUUUCCAUGUCCUGAGUGUGGGAAAUGUUUUACAUACAAAACAACUCUUGUUGCACAUAAGAAAAGUCACACAGAUACAUCACCAUUUUCAUGUUCUGAGUGUGGGAAAUGUUUUACCUGGAAAUCACACCUUGUUACACAUCAGCGAAGUCACACAGGUGAGAAGCCAUUUCUAUGUUCUGAGUGUGGGAAAUGUUUUGCACACAAAUCAAAUCUUGUUCUACAUCAGAGAAGUCACACAGGUGAGAAUCUAUUUUCUUGCUCUGAGUGUGGGAAAUGUUUUACACGGAAAUUAGAUCUUAUUACACAUCAGCGAAGUCACACAGGUGAGAAGCCAUUUCCAUGUUCUGUGUGUGGGAAAUGUUUUGCACACAAAUCAAAUCUUGUUCUACAUCAGAGAAGUCACACAGGUGAGAAGCCAUAUUCUUGCUUUCAGUGUGGGAAAUGUUUUACCUGGAAAUUACAACUUGUUACACAUCAGCGAAGUCACACAGGUGAGAAGCCAUUUCCAUGUUCUGAGUGUGGGAAAUGUUUUGCACAGAAAUCAGAUCUUGUUAUACAUCAGAGAAGUCACACAGGUGAGAAGCCAUUUUCUUGCUCUGAGUGUGGGAAAUGUUUUACACGGAAAUCAGAUCUUAUUAUACAUCAGCGAAGUCACACAGGUGAGAAGCCAUUUCAAUGUUCUGCAUGUGGGAAAUGUUUUGCAUACAAAUCAGACCUUGUUCUACAUCAGAGAAGUCACACAGGUGAGAAGCCAUUUUCUUGCUCUGAGUGUGGGAAAUGUUUUACACGGAAAGCAGAUCUUGUUAUACAUCAGCGAAGUCACACAGGUGAGAAGCCAUUUCCAUGUUCUGAGUGUGGAAAAUGUUUUGCACGGAAAUCAGAUUUUGUUAUACAUCAGAGAAGUCACACAGGUGUGAAGCCAUUUUCUUGCUGUGAGUGCAGGAAAUGUUUUACACGGAAAUCAGAUCUUAUUACACAUCAGCGAAGUCACACAGGUGAGAAGCCAUUGCGAAGUCCCACAGGUGAGAAGCCAUUUCCAUGUUCUGAGUGUGGGAAAUGUUUUACACGGAAAGCAGAUCUUAUUACACAUCAGCGAAGUCACACAGGCGAGAAGCCAUUUCCAUGUUCUGAGUGUGGGAAAUGUUUUGUACACAAAUCACACCUUGGUAGACAUCAGCGAAGUCACACAGGUGAGAAACCAUUUUCUUGCUCUGAGUGUGGGAAAUGUUUUACACGGAAAUCAAGUCUUGUUUCACAUCAGAGAAGUCACACAGGUGAGAAUCCAUUUUCUUGCUUUGAGUGCGGGAAAUGUUUUACACAGAAAUCAAGUCUUGUUUCACAUCAGAGAAGUCACACAGGUGAGAGGCCAUUUCCAUACUCGGAAAUAAAUUAGCUCUUGUUGCACACAAUAGACAUCACUCAGGUGAGGAACCAUUUUAUUCUGGAGUAUACUUAUCAUUGCCAUGUAAUGUUCCGCAAGGUUCUUAUCCUAUCUCCUAUGCUUUUUGCAAUAUACAUGCUACCACUGGGUGAAAUAAUCAGAUGUCAUGCCCUCAUCUACCACUGCUAUACAGAUGACCUGUCUUUUUCUCCGGGUACUGAGAACCCAAUACCAAUCCUAAAUGUCUAGCUGAGCUCCAGGUGUGGGUGAUGCCAGUUGGCUGUGACUCAGUCCUGGCGAAACAGAUCCAUAUGAUAGAAGCUCACCAACAAAGGGAAGGGCUACAGCUCAGCUUUACCUACCAACCAGACUUACGCUUGUGGGUACAGAGUUACAAAAUGCGGAUCAUGUGUGUAAUCUUGGUGUCCUGGAUGGUGGUGUGACACUUGAACAUCAGGUAUCAGCCACAAUCAGAUCCUCAUCUGAGGAACAUAGCCAGACUCCAGCACUUAUUUCCCUCAGAAGAUCUACCUACAGUCAUACAUGCACUUGUAUCAUCACACAUAGACUACUGCAAUGUCCUCUACCUGGGUCUCCCAGCAAAAGAAUUGCACCGCUUGUAGCUUGUACAGAAUGCAGCAGCCAGGCUGUUACCUAACCAGCCCGUUCCUGCCACAUAACAGCCAUUCUCUGCUCCCUUCACCGGCUGCCUGUAAGAUGGUGACUCUUAUAUAAUCUUACAGACUCCCAAUCCUACAUGACCAGGGUCCAUGGUACCAGAAGCAGCUUCUAUCCUUACUGCUCCAUUACUUCCAUCUGCAGAUGAAGGACUGUUACCAGCAGUACCAAGAAUCCCCAAGCAGUGCUGAGAUGUCAGGGGGGAGACAGGGUGGGU